GUGUGUGAUCAUGGCAGGACACGCAUCACUAUACAAAUCAUUGCUCCCAACCACCAGCUCGACCAGGAGCUCCUUAACCUGGACCUGCCCUCCGAGCUAUCCGUCGGUGACCUCAAGAGCUUCGUGACUGCUGAGACUCAAAUCCCUCAGACUGCCCAGCAGUUUUUCCUCAACAAUCAAGCCCUACAAGACGACGCCAAAAGCUUAGACGACGCCGGCGUUAAGGAUGGCGAUCUGAUUGCUAUGCUCAUGAGUCGGCCACCGCAGAACAAUAUGGGUGGGCAGAGGCGAGGCCCCCAACAGGGUACUGCGCGGAGAGGUCCAGCAAAUAAUACAGAGGAGAUUGAGACCACGCGCCUCAGCAUCUUGAGCAAUCCGGGCGCUGUCAAUCAGAUCAGAGAACAACGACCUGCGCUACACGCUGCCAUCAAUGACCCGAAUCGCUUCCGCGAAAUAUGGCUGGAGAUGGUGAGAGAGGACUCCGAUCGAGACCGCGAGCGUCAGGAGCAGAUGCGGCUGCUGAAUGAGGAUCCUUUCAACAUUGAAGCCCAACAGAAAAUUGAAGAGAUGAUUCGGCAAGAGUCGGUGCAGGAGAACCUCCAGUUUGCGUACGAGCACAACCCGGAAGCUGUGAUCGACUUGCGGCAGAACAAGCUCAUCUUCGGCGACGGCAACGAUGUCCCGUUCCUAGGAGAGGCAGAUCUCCCAAAGUUCUCUGAGGACGCACAGGCUGCUGAGCCGACGAUCAAAGGGCCGAACGGCACUGAGAUUGGGGCAAAGAGUGGCACCAUUCAGCCAGCUGGCACGUCUGCUGCCGCAGCUUCGUCUUCUUCGGCUGCAAAGCACAGUGACUCUUUCCAAGGACAGGGUCAGACUCUUGGAGCGGGUGCUUCCAGCUCGAGGCCAGUUUCUGCAGCACCGGGCGCAGCGUCAGGCGCGGGUGCACCAUCAUCGGCAGCAGCAGUGGGGCACAGUAAGGAGAAGAUUGAGCAGCUGCAGAAUUUGGGAUUCUCACAGCAACAAGCUGUUGCAGCAUUGGAUGCGUGCGAUGGCAAUGUUGAGUACGCGGCCGGCUUAUUGUUCCAGUCCUAG